GGAUUCAUUACUGAGCUGAGAUUAUGUCUUCUACCCCUUAAACCAGAGGCUCUUGUUAAGAUCUCUCACCAAUCAUAGCAUCUCCUCAUCAAACCCAGAUUGAAAGCAAGGCUUUCUCAAUCCAAAUUCCCCCCCUUCUAAAGGAGAAAAUUGGUGGUGACUUGUAAUAUUUACUUGUUGCAAUAAUUCCAAAUUUCCUCUAGUGCUUAGUAGAGAUCUACUUGUUGCAAUUGUUACCUACAAAUUUAGAAAGAGAAGCACUCUUCUCAUUAUAUAUCAAGUGGGAGUUGGUUGCCAUUGCUUGUCCCAUUACUGAAGGUAAAGAGAGAAGCACAGUAUUCUCUUCGCAUCUGAAGAAGUACUUUUCAUUGCUGUGUUUCUAUGGGGAUUUACGAGGAGAUGGGUUUUCCCUGCAAUUUCGACAUAAUGCCCCAACCCACCGAGGUCGAUCCAACGGUCGAGAACGAGGGGGAGGCGGCUAUGAUCCAAGAUGAUGAUGAUAGCGAGGAUGAGAUGAUCGACGUUGAUGAGCUUGAGAGGAGAAUGUGGCGUGACAAACUGAGGCUCCGUCGCCUCAAAGAGCAAAGCAAAGGCAAAGAGGCCAUGGGUGGCGACCUGGCCAAGCAAAGGCAAUCGCAGGAGCAAGCUCGGAGGAAGAAAAUGUCGAGAGCCCAAGAUGGUAUCCUCAAAUACAUGCUGAAAAUGAUGGAGGUUUGCAAAGCUCAAGGCUUCGUCUAUGGCAUAAUACCCGAGAAGGGUAAACCAGUGAGUGGGGCCUCUGAUAACCUUCGAGCUUGGUGGAAGGAGAAAGUGAGAUUUGAUCGGAAUGGGCCAGCCGCCAUUGCCAAGUACCAAGCUGACAACGCAAUCCCUGGCAUAAGUGAUGAGAAUUCGGGUAUGGCUUCUACCCCACAUACUUUGCAAGAGCUCCAAGAUACUACAUUGGGCUCUUUGUUGUCAGCUCUUAUGCAACACUGUGACCCUCCACAAAGGAGGUACCCAUUAGAGAAAGGAAUUGCUCCUCCAUGGUGGCCUACUGGUAAUGAGGAAUGGUGGCCUCAAUUGGGGCUCCCUAAAGGUCAGGGUCCCCCACCUUACAAGAAGCCCCAUGAUCUCAAGAAAGCAUGGAAAGUUAGUGUCUUGACUGCUGUUAUCAAGCACAUGUCUCCUGAUAUUGCAAAGAUAAGGAAGCUAGUGAGGCAAUCAAAGUGUUUGCAAGAUAAGAUGACUGCAAAAGAGAGUGCGACUUGGCUCGCUGUCGUGAACCAAGAGGAGGCUCUCUCACGCCAACAAAACCCAGAUGCUUGUCCCCCUUCUUCCUCCUCUAAUGAUGGGGCUCUCACUUUUAGCAGCACCAGUGAGUACGAUGUCGAGGGCUUUGAUGAUGAAGCGACAAUGGAGGUUCAAGAGAUCAAACCUGAUGUUGAUCUAUUCAACUUGGGUAUGGGGAAAGAGAGGCUCUUGCCUCCUAUCAAGAGCGAAACCGCUGAUUUCGUGCGAAAGAGGAAGCUCCCGACUGAGGUAAUUGUUGUGGAUCAGAAGAUAUACACAUGUGACAAUGUUCAAUGCCCGUCGCAUCAGUAUCAGUUGGGUUUUUUGGACAAAAAUUCGAAGAACAAUCAUCAGUCUAAUUGUCCAUUUGCUUCGGAGAUCCAUCAAGGGAUGGGGCUUCCAUUGCCUAGGCCUGAUAUUGGCAAGGAAAAACCAGUUUUCCCUCUCCCCAACUUCACUCAACCCCUGCAAGCAAUGAGUGGAAAUGGAAAUGGGUUUUUGGGGAAUGACAGUAACAAGUUUUUGACUGGGAAUGAUGGCAGUAACAACAUGACAGCCAUGACUCCAGCCAUUGUCAACAACUCUGAUGAUUUACCUGAUCUGGGUCUUCCUUUGGAUGGCCAGAAAAGGAUAAAAGACAUCCUUGAUUCCUAUAACUUCAACCCUUCUUUGCAGCCAAACAGGAACAACCCAAAUCAUGGUACAGGCAUGGAGAUCCAUAAUCAGAGGACCCUUAUCGAUAUAAACAUGGAUCUCGUGAAUCCACCUAUUAAUGGAUUCAGGCCUGCAAAUGAAGAGAACAUGUUUGGGCAUGGAGCUAUGAUGGGAGGUAACCACAAUGGCUUCGAUAUCUACUUCAGAGACGAUCUGCCUCUGGAUCCAUGUAAGGUGUUUGAUCAGGGUUAUGAGCAGAACUCGCACGAUGUGAAUGCUGAAUUCAAGUUCGGGGCCCCUUAUAACGUGGGAAUGGAUUUUGGCAUUCCUUUUAUGAAAACUCCAGAGGCGUUGCGGAAGCCAGAGGCGCCGAUCUGGUAUUUUACAGGGCCAUGAAAUUGGCUUGAUCCUUCAACAAGGACUUCCUCUGUGAUUUAAGGAAGGGCUUCCCUUGCGUUUGGGGAACAUACUUUGUUGCAGUUGGGGUUUACAUAUUAGGACUCCCUUCUUGUUGGGGUUUACAAUAUCGUUAGGUUGAGUUUCUCUCUCUCUUUCUCUCUCUCUCUCUGCGUGUUUGUGUGUGGUUUUGUUUUCGGUGGGAGGGUUGGGGUUGGGGUUGGGAGUCUACGUAUCAGGACUCUCAUGGCAGUCGCAUCAUUAUAAUUCACUAGUAAGGGGCUUUCUUUGUGUGGGUCUGUGUUCCUCUCUCUCUCUCUCUUCAGUUCGGAGUCCUGCAUACUGGGACUCUCAUGGGUUGGUGUUUGCACGUCAUUAGAUUUCAUUAGUAGUGGGUCUUCUCUUCGCCUGUGUGUGCGUGUGUUAGUCUGCUAUCAGGGAUUAAAAUCAGGACCCUCGGGCUGUAGGGGUUUUAAAUGUCAGUAGAUCUCUCUCUCUCUUUGCCUUUGGGGUGGACAUAACUUUACUCUCUUGUAGUUUGGGUUAACAUAUCUUUAGAUUUCAUUAGUAGUGACUCCUCUCUCUCCCUCUCUCCCUCCCUCUCUGUGCCUGCCAUUGGGAUUGAAAUAUUAGGACUCUCCUGCAGUUGGGGUUUACACAUCAUUAGAUUUCAGUAGUAGGGGAGCUUCUCUCUCUCCCUCUCUCUGGUGUUUUUAUGGAGGGGGUUGCCAUUAACUGGCCUGGUUAACUUAUGAUAGAUGUUGUUUCCAUUCCCUUUAUAUAUUGAUAUUUAAAAAAUUUGGGGUCUCUCUCUCACUCUCUCUACCGUCUUUGUACAUAUAGGACUCUCUGGUCUCUCCUGAAUUGGCUCCUCUCUCUCUCACUCUGCACUCUGUUAGGGAUUUGGGUCUCUCUCUCUCUAGAAAUUGGGUCUCUCUCUGGGGCAAGUGGGUCACCUUUUCUAGGAUUUAUGGUGCUGGAUCCAAUUAGGAAACAAGGAGGAAGAAGGAUUCUAGCUGAUAAGCCCACUGUUCUUUGAACUUUAUUUGCGGUUGUAGCAAUAAAACGUAUAAUAUAAAUUUUCUUUUUCUCUCUCUUUCUCUGUCUUCAUUCAUUCUCUCUCUCAGUCUUCAUGAGCUUCAGAUACAAUUGAAUAUGGAUGUCCUUUGAUGAAUACAUUUGUACCUUAGACC